AUGGCCUCCGGAGCCGGAGGACUUGAUGGGGGCGGCGGCGGCGGCGGCGGCAAGAUCCGGACGCGGCGGUGCCACCAGGGGCCAAUUAAGCCUUACACACAGGGGCGACGACAGCACCAGGGCAUUCUUAGCAGGGUUACAGAAUCUGUUAAGAAUAUUGUCCCUGGAUGGCUGCAGAGAUAUUUCAGCAAGAAUGAAGAUGUCUGCACCUGCUCAACAGAUACACAUGAAGUGCCACAUUGGCCAGAAAAUAGGGAAGAUGACCAUCUCGUGUAUGCUGAUGAAGAGAGUGCUAAUGUAAAUGAUGGAAGGAUCACUCCUGAGCCAAUAAUCAGUAAUACAGAAGAUCCCUCAACAACUAGUACUGCUUCAAAUUAUCCAGAUGUAUUAACAAGGCCUUCUCUUCAUCGGAGUCAUCUGAAUUUCUCCAUGUUGGAAUCCCCUACGUUACACUGUCAGCCCUCCACCUCCUCGACAUUCCCAAUUGGCAGUUCUGGAUUUUCCCUUGUAAAGGAAAUCAAAGAUUCUACCUCUCAGCAUGAUGAUGACAACAUCUCAACUACCAGUGGCUUUUCUUCAAGAGCCUCUGAUAAAGAUAUAGCUGUUUCAAAGAAUACAUCAGUGCCACCUCUGUGGUCCCCAGAGGCUGAACGUUCUCAUUCACUGUCACAGCACACUGCCACCAGCUCAAAAAAACCAGCAUUCAACUUGUCUGCCUUUGGAGCAUUUUCCCCUUCUCUUGGGAAUUCUUCAAUCCUUAAAACAAGUCAGCUUGGAGAUUCUCCUUUUUAUCCUGGAAAAACAACAUAUGGUGGGGCAGCAGCUGCUGUAAGACAGUCCAAACUACGAAGUACACCAUAUCAGGCACCAGUGAGAAGACAGAUGAAAGCUAAGCAACUGAAUGCACAGUCCUAUGGUGUGACUAGUUCAACAGCCCGGCGAAUAUUGCAGUCUUUAGAGAAGAUGUCAAGUCCUCUGGCGGAUGCAAAACGAAUUCCAUCAGUUUCUUCGCCCCUAGAUUCUCCUCUUCAUAGGAGUGGGAUAGAUUAUACAAAUUUUCAGGCCAGAAGAAAGAAGGUGGACUCUCAGUAUCCCCCUGUUCAGAGGCUCCUGAUCCCCAAACCAGCCUCCCUAGCACCGAAUCGAGCUGUUUAUUUUAAACCUUCUUUGACUCCAUCUGGUGAAUUGAAGAAGACUAAUCAGAAAAUAGAUAAAAAGCACAAUAUUGGAUGUGAAAAAAAUUCGACAUCAGGACAAAAUAGAGAAGAAGAAAGUGAUUUUUCAUACCCAAAUUUCAGUAUGCCUGCAGCCAAUGGAUUAUCUUCUGGAGGUGGCAAGAUGAGACGAGAGAGAACACGCUGUGUUCCCUCUAGACCUUUAGAGGAUGAGGAAAUGGAAGUACCAGUGUUACCGAAAAUCUCCCUACCGAUAUCCAGUUCUUCACUUCCUAUCUUCACUUUUAGUCCCUCGACAACCACAAUUUCCUCUUCGUCACCCAUCAGCCCUUCAGAAUCAUUAACUAAUAAGGUACAAAUGACCUCUCCGAGCAGUACUGGCAGUCCUUUGUUUAGAUUUUCAUCUCCAAUUGUAAAAUCUACUGAGGCAGAUGUACUACCUCCAUCAUCUAUUGGAUUUACAUUUAGUGUGCCUGUUGCAAAAACAGCAGAACUUUCUGGCUCCAGGAGUACUUCAGAACCAAUUACGAAUAAUUCAGCACAAGAUACUGCUUCACUGAACAGUACUAGCUGUGUGACAAAACGAGAUGAAGAUUGUGAGGGUCCCUUUAAACCUGCCAAAGUCCUGAAAGAAGGAAGUGUCCUAGAUGUUUUGAAAAACCCUGGUUUCAUGUCACCGAAGGUAGAUUCUCUUGCUGCUCAGCCUACAACAGCAAGCCCUGUAGUUUAUACAAGACCAGCAAUAAGUAGCUUUUCUUCUAGUGGAACUGAGCUUGUGGAAAAUUUGAAGGUUGGAACAUCAUGGCAGUGUGACACUUGUCUACUCCAGAACAAAAUGACUGACAAUAAGUGCAUAGCCUGUCAAGCCACUAAAUUACCAUCCAAAGAGACUGCAAAGCAGACCGGAACGCCAACUAAAAGUGGCAAACCAAGUCUUACUGCAUCAGGGACAGGCUUUGGAGACAAAUUUAAACCAGCAGCAGGAAUUUGGGAUUGUGAUACCUGUUUAGUGCAGAAUAAACCUGAAGCAGUCAAAUGUGUAGCCUGUGAAACACCAAAACCUGGCACUGGUGUUAAGCGGGUCCUCACGUUGCCAGUGACUUCAGAGAGUGCUGUAACUGUGACUGCCUCAUCUUCCACCUGUACUGUGACCACUGGUACCUUAGGAUUUGGCGAUAAGUUCAAAAGACCUUUGGGAUCUUGGGACUGUCCAGUGUGCUGCGUUUCCAAUAAUGCAAGCGACAAUAAGUGUGUUUGCUGUAUGUCUGAGAAAACAUUUGAAGGCUUUGGUACAUCGUCCACAUCUUCAAGCCCUGCAGCUUCAUCUUUCAAAUUUGGUAUCACAUCAUCCUCUUCUGGACCUUCACAGACUUUACCAAACACUGGAAAUUUCAAAUUUGGAGAUCAGGGAGGCUUCAAAAUAGGUGUGUCAUCAGAUUCGGGGAAUCCCACAAGUGGAGGCUUUGCAUUUUCUAAGCCCAUAGGAGAUUUUAAAUUUGGGGUUUCAUCUGAACCUAAAUCUGAAGAAGAUAAAAAAGACAGUAAGAAUGAUAAUUUUAAAUUUGGACUGCAUUCUGGUUUAACCAGUCCAGCUCCUGCAGCACCAUUUCAGUUUGGAGCAUCUAAGCUUGGGCAGCAAGAGAAGAAAGAAGAACUCCCUAAAUCCUUAUCAUCAGGCUUUAGUUUCGGUACAGGCGUUAUUAACCCUACUCCUGCUGCUACUAAUACCACAGUGACCUCUGAGAACAAAUUUGGUAACAUGGAACGUGUUUCCCUGCCAUCUGCCUCAGUGUUUGCUUUGGGAAGGACAGAGGAGAAACAGCAAGAGCCCGUCACUUCUACUUCUUUAGUGUUUGGGAAGAAAGCUGACAGUGAAGAGCCAAAGUGUCAACCAGUGUUUUCCUUUGGGAAUUCAGAGCAGACCAAAGAUGAAAGCUCUUCAAAGCCAACCUUUAGUUUUGGGGUGGCAAAACCUUCUGAGAAGGAAUCUGAACAGCCAGCAAAGACCACUUUUGCUUUUGGUGCUCAAGCUAGUACUACAACUGAUCAAGGAGCAGCCAAGCCAGUUUUCAGUUUUUUGAACAACAAUGCCUCUAAUUCCAGCACACCAGCCACUUCGGCUGGUGGUGUUGUAUUUGGUAGUUCAACUUCUUCCUCCAAUGCACCUGUGGCUGCCUUUGUGUUUGGACAGGCCAGCAAUCCUGUGAGCAGCUCUGCCUUUGGUAACUCUGCUGAAUCCAGUACAUCUCAGUCUUUGCUAUUUUCUCAGGAUAGCAAACCAGCAGCCACAUCUAGCACAGCCACAGCUGUCACCCCAUUUGUCUUUGGUCCAGGAGCCAGCAAUAGUACUACAGCAACCACUGGUUUCAACUUUGGAGCUACAAGUUCGGUUUUCCAGUUUGGUGGGAGCACUACAAAUUUCAACUUCACCAAUAACAAUCCAUCAGGGGUCUUCACAUUUGGGGCGAAUGCUGGCACACCUGCAGUCCCAGCCCCAACUCAGCCCUCUGGCUCAGGAGGAUUCUCAUUUAGCCAGCCUUCAGCAGCAGCAUUUACAUUGGGGUCAACUGGGAAAAAUCUGUUUUCUUCUUCUGGAACUUCACUUUCUGGUCGUAAAAUAAAGACUGCUGUUAGACGUAGGAAAUAA